CUGAACGGGACUUCGAUGAUUUACGGCAGAGUUGGGCCGAGAAAGGACGUGAUUCAAGGCCCUGCUGACGGCUUUAAAGCUGCCAAAAUGCAGCCAAAGGAAACAGAGUAUUCAACAGAUGGGCUGCCCAAAGCCUUCCUGCACAGCUUAAGGACCCUGUUUGACAUUUUGGAUGACUCCGAUAGGGGUUACGUCCACAUAUCGGAGAUUGAGAGCCGCUGGCAGGGCGCGGACACUCGGGACCUGCCCGGGGGGGUUCUGGGUUGCCUGAGGAGGGUCACGCCGCCGCAUGGCUGCCUCACCUUUGAGCGGUUCGUGGCCGGCCUGCGGUACUCCAUGCUCAACCCGGAGAACGGCUCCCACUUCAAGGUCCAGGCUGCGGUGCAGCCUCAGAAGCAGGCGCCUCAGCAGCCGCCGAAAUCCGCCCCGCUCUCCACAUGCAGCGUCGGGACCCGGGUCGAGAACAAGGUCCGCCCGCUCGCGCUGAGCAACGUGACGAACACCCAGCAGCAGCAGCAGCAGAGCCGGGGGGUUUCCUCCCAGCAGAGCCGGGGGGCGUCCUCCCUCCAGAGCCGGGGGGUGUCCUCCCAGCAGAGCCGGGCCCGGGCGGAGGAGGGCUCCGGGUACGCCGCGGGCGGGCCGGCGCGCUACGCCGCCGGGUUCGAGCGGUCCGGCCGGAGUUUGGAGCGAGUUCCCGCCGUCCCGGAGGGCGGGGGCUACCGUGCCGAAGCGGGCCACGCUGCCCAGCCAGCGCAGCCCCAGCAGAGCGGGGUCCGGUCCAUCGAGUCGCUGGCGCUGGAGUCCCCGCAGCUCCAGAACCCAGAUGUUAUGAAAUCAGGUUUACCAAGAUCUCAAAGUGAAUCAGCCACAGGAUUUACCGGAGGCUCCAGGCGACAUAGGCGGAGUCGGGAAGAGCAGAGGAGGCAUACCAUUUCCAACGGAGUGGAUUAUGGAAUGACUAAUCUACCUCCUAUUGGCCCAAUCAUUCUCCUCCCAUCCCUCUGGCCCCCUGCGUCUGGCCCGCGCCGUCCCGCCCGGGGCCCCGUCACUCUGCCCCUCCCACCCUGCACUCGGGAGCUGCCUCCUCUCACUUUCCGUCUCUCCCCCUGCCUCACCAUUUCUCCCUCUUCACAGCUCACCUCCUCUCCCUCGUUCUUUCCGCCUCCUUGGCCCGCUGCUGCCCUGAUGGUAGUGAGCCGGGCCGGGCCCAGGGGCCUGGUAGAACUAGAGGACUCCUUUGGCCCGCCCGGCCCCGCCUGGACGGCUGUGUGGGCUGCCUACACGACCGUCUUCAUCCCUCUCAGCAGUAGCCUCUACAGCAGCAAGGCCUUGCAUUUUUUCCUGUGGUUGAAACAAAUGAAAGAGCUGGAGCAAGAGAAGGAUUCCCUGCUGGCGGGCCUGGAGGUGGUGGAGCGAGCCCGAGACUGGUACCAGGGACAAAUCCAUAAUGUCACCGAGAGGCAGCGACAAGUGGGGAAAAGCUCCCACUCCACGGAUUUCUUCACAGAGGCCAGUCAAACUCGCUUGAACGUUCUCAUCCCGAAAUUACAAGAAGUCAACCGCUGCCUUAAUGACCUGAUUUCCUGCACUGGAGUGCAGUGUUUUCCUUCCAGCGGGGCUCAGACGGCCGCUCUCUCAGUGAGCUCCCAGCCUCCAGCCCCAGCUCCUCCUCAGGCCAUCCAGAGACUGAAGGACCAAAACCGACUCCUGACACAGGAAGUGACGGAGAAGAGCGAGCGAAUCGCCCAGCUGGAGCAGGAGAAGUCGGCCUUGAUAAAGCAGCUUUUCGAGGCUCGAGCCCGCAGCGCACAGGACGCUAGCACCAUGGAUUCCACCUUCAUCUGAAAGGAGAUGAGCUCCACCCAACACCAACACCAAGCGUCAGCCAGGAAUCGCCAGGGUGUCGUGUCCUAUCCGUGUUGGGUGUUGGAGGAAUACUGAAAUGAAGUCUUUUGUUUACUGAGCUGACCACGCAUGGCAGGAAUGCAGCUUUAGCCAUAACACUCCCUCAACCGCACAGUGUGACCACUCCAGCCCCGAAUCGAACCGCACACGACCUGAAUGUGAACACUCCUGACCCCAGAGAGAAGCUGCGUUCACGUUCUCUGCAUCAACACUAAGCUGAAAAGACUGGACCGCUGAAGACUGAUCUCUUGAAGCAUCUGCAAGAACCCCCCCCCCCC